AUGUUGAUCAAAGAGACCUAUCAUGACGUAAAGACGCUGGACGGAACCACCAUGAGAAUUUUCGUGUUUCAUCCGGUAAUUCCAAAUUACCCCAGAGCCAAAUUCCCGGGUGUAAUUGUGUAUUCUGAGAUCUACCAGGUCACCGGCCCAGUGGCCAGAUUUGCCAAAGACAUAGCUGGCCAGGGAUUUAUCGCUGUGGCACCUUCUAUCUACCACAAUUUUGAGUCUCAUGAGGCAUUGGCCUACGAUACCGAAGGUACAGACAGGGGCAAUCGCUACAAGAUUGAGAAAGAGGUUGCGCUGUAUGAUGAGGACAACCGGUUGGCCAUCGAAUACCUUGAGCUGCUUCCAACAUUCAAUGGCAAGAUAGGUGCCACAGGAAUGUGUUUGGGAGGCCAUUUGGCGUUCAGAGCUGCGCUUGACCCCAGAGUAAAUGCUGCAUUUUGCUUUUUUGCAACCGAUAUCCACAAUCACGCUUUGGGCAAGGGUAAGAACGAUGACUCUUUGAAGAGAUCAAAAGAAAUCACGGGUGAGUUGAUCAUGGUGUUCGGUGAUAAGGACAACCACGUCCCCUUGGAAGGUAGAGACCUAAUCAGACUGACUUUGCGGAACAACCCUACGCAGCUCACGUUCAUCGAGAUCAACGAAGCUCAGCACGCUUUCAUCAGAGAUGAGAAUUCCAAAGACCGUUAUGAUGCUGCCGUGACCGGCUUGUGUUUCCAAUGGUUGCUCGAACUUUUUAAUAGGAGAUUGAAGUUGGACUAUGGUGAGCAUGACGGUAAGGAUGUUGUCAUCGAAAAUGUGUGUUGA